CAGCCGGCGCAAGCCCCAUCUCCUGCUGUGCUUCGAGAGUACCUCCUCACCUCUCAGCCAGAUCAUGCAGCUGCACGUGAUACAGGCAACUUCCCUGCAGCGAUCCUGGGACCACCACAGCUGUCUCUUCCACAGGGAACAGAACGCUAACCCCACACGCUCGCCUCACACCGUUCAAUUUCAUGUACCCAAGCUCACCCAAGACAUCGGCGAGCUGCAGUUCUGAGUGGUGACAGCCGCCAUCGUUACACCAAGAGACCCACUCAUUCAUGGAUGUCCCUUCUCAGACAGACGGCGACGUUCAUCACAGACAUUCACAGUUCAGAGUUCAGCGCACGUCAAACAAACUCCAAAAGGUUCGUGCCGAGAUGCGGAAGUCUGUGCGGUCAGCGCGCAGGUUGCAGACAGCCAGACGAUGGACCCACGAACUCCUGGUGCUGUAACACCGUCCUCCCACAUCGAGCAUCUUACAUUGCAUCGCAUUUGCAUCACAUCUGGAAUCCUAACCCGUCAAUCGCAUCCCCAGAAACAACACCUCAUCGGCAUGCUCCAGGAUUGGAGAUCUUGCUGGAACAUGUACCGCUCAUACCAGACUCCGAAAUGUCCAGAAGUCUCAGCGGUGAAGGUGGCCCGCGAGCGCCCGAUGCCGCCAGCACUUUCUGUACCAGCACGGUCACACCGAGAGACCACACCCCUCCACACUCUUGGGACGAAAAAGAUUAUCAAAGGUUUUUCAAAUCACACAUUUUCACCGCUGCACGUUGCUGUCACGUACGUACUACCCUUCCUCCAAGUAAACUUUAGAGGGAAGGUCGCUCGCUCGCUCGCUCGGCUCGCUGGUGGUCGCAUGCCAGAUGGACUGUGGUGGCACCCGCGCGGGAUAUUUUAUUUCCAUUAGUGUCUGUACCCCAGUGAUAAGAGCGCCACAACUGAGGCGUUACGUGAUCUAAUCUCGAGGCGGGUGGCCGUCGCCUCGAGGGUCUGACACGC